CGCGGGCUCCGCUCAGCUCUUCGCCGGUGAUUGGUCGCACGAGCCGGAGCCAUUUGGCGCAGUUUUGAGCUACGUUCGCUGACAAAGGGCGUCUUAUUAUUUAUUUAUCGUCGGGUUUUUAAAACACAUUUCGCCACCGAACCUCACAAUGAGCGCCAUCAACGUGAAGAAGCUGAAAGUAAACGAGCUCAAGGACGAGCUGAAGAAGCGGAAUCUGUCGGACAAGGGGCUGAAGGCCGAGCUCAUGGACCGCCUGCAGGCCGCCCUGGACGAGGAGGCCCUGGUCCCGAGCUCCCCGCUCGACCAGGACCAGGACGCCGGCGAGGACGAAGGGUUCGGCCAGGCCGGCGACCAGGAGGGCGACCAGGAGGGCAUGGGCGAGGAAGAAGAGGGCGACGAGCCGGUGGAGGAGAGCAUGGAGGCCAACGAGGAGGAAGAGGAAGAGGAGCCGGAGAAUGAGGGCGACGGCAAUGGCGUUGACGAGGAGAUGGGUGAGGGAGAAGAAGAGGAGGAGGAGGAGGACGACGAGAUGGACCCCAUGCUGAAGGGAGAUGUGGACGACAUGGAGAAAAUUGACGCAGAGGACGGUGAGCCCGGAGACCAGGCUGCUGAGGGAGAUGCGGACAAAGACACGAAUGCUGAUCAGAAGAAUAAGAAGGGUGUUAAGAGACGCCGGGAGGAACAUGGAAGGGGCUACUUUGAAUUUAUUGAAGAGAACAAAUACAGCUGGGCCUUUAAGUCUCCAGUGCCCCCGUUGGAGGAGGAAGAUGAAGAGUUUGAUGAUACAAAAGUCUGUCUGGACACCUACAACUGUGACCUGCACUUUAAAGUGUCACGGGACCGUUACAGCGCCUCUUCUCUCACAAUGGAGAGUUUUGCUUACCUGUGGUCUGGAGGAAAGGCCACCUACGGGGUGAACAAAGGCAAAGCCUGCUUCGAGAUGAAGAUCACAGAAAAGAUUCCAGUCAAGCACAUUUCAGGCAAAAACAUGGAGAUCCACGACGUCCAGGUGGGCUGGUCCCUGGCAACCAACGCACUGCUGCUCGGAGAGGAGGAGCACUCCUACGCUUACUCCGGGAAGGGAAAGAAGACGACCAACUGCGUGACAGAAGACUUUGGAGAGACGUAUGAAGAGAACGACGUCAUCUGCUGCCUUAUUGACUUCGAGGGAGACGAGGUGGUGCUCUCCUUCUCCAAGAACGGCGGCGAGCCCGCCGUCGCCUUCCAGGUCAGCAAGAGCAGCCUGAACGACCAGGCGCUCUUCCCCCACGUCAUCUGCCACAACUGCGCCGUGGAGUUCAACUUCGGCCAGAUGGAGACGCCGUACUUCCCCCAGCCGCAGGGCUACACCUUCCUGCAGCUGAUCCCCGUGGACGAGCGAGUCCGCGGCCUCAAAGGGCCGCAGACCAAGUCCGACUGCGAGAUCAUUGUGGUGGUGGGCCUGCCGGGCUCGGGGAAGACCACCUGGGUGAAGAACCACGUGCAGGAGAACCCCGGGAAGUACUACAUCCUGGGCAGCGACACCAUCGUCGACAAGAUGAUGAUCAACAGCCUGAAGCGUCAGUCGAAGGACAUCACCAAGCUGACCGCCAUUUCCCAGCGUGCACCGCUCUUCCUGGGAAAGUUCAUUGAGAUCGCUGCUCGCAAGAAGAGGAACUACAUCCUGGAUCAUACCAACCUGUCCGGCCCGGGCCAGAAGAGGAAGAUGUGCCUUUUCGCAGGCUUCCAGCGCAAAGCUGUGAUCGUCUGCCCCUCGGAGGACGACUACAAGGAGCGAGUGCAGAAGAAGGUGGAGAGCGACGGCAAGGAAGUGCCUGAACACGCCGUGCUCAAAAUGAAAGGUUUCUACUCGCUGCCGGAGGUGGGCGACAGCUUCGACGAGGUCAUCUACGCCGAGCUGCAGAAGGACGACGCCGCCAAGCUGCUGGAGCAGUACAAGGAGGAGAGCAAGUCGGCCCUGCCCGCCGAGAAGAAGCCCAACCAGGGCAGCACCACCCCCAAGCGGGGCGGCGGCCCGCGGGGGGGCGGCCGCGGCGGGAAGAACCAGUUCGGCCGCGGCGGCGGGCCCGGCCAGAGAGGCGGCGUCCGCGGAGGCUUCCAGAACAGAGGCAACUUCCGGGGAGGCAGAGUGCAUGCUGGGGCCAAGAGCAGCUGGGCUCCGGGCCCCCGCGGCGGCUUCAGCCGGCCCCCCCGCGGCUUCCUGCCCCCGCCGGCCUUCAGGGGAGGCUUCCCCAACCGCGGCAACUUCAACCGGGGCGGCGGCCCCAUGCCCAGCCUGGGCGGCUCCCCCAGAGGGGGGCCCAUGAGGGGCAACAUGGGGGUCCCCAGAGGAAUGCCCAUGAACAGGGGCGGCCCCAUGAACCGCGGCAACAUGAGCCGAGGCGGCGGCGGCGGCGGCGGCAACAUGAGCCGCGGCGGCAACAGAGGACAUCCCAACCAGUUCCAGCAGAGAGGCGGCGGCCGCGGCAACUUCGGCAACAAGAACGGCAACUUCGGCAACAACAGGAACAGCGGCAACUUCGGCAACAGGAACGGCAUGGACAAGGCUCAGGCCUUCAACCAGAGCUGGCAGCAAGGGUUCUGGAACCAGAAGCCCUGGAGCCAGCAGUACCAACCCGGGUAUUACUGAGACGCUCGUUCUAAUGGACUGGUGGCCGACUCUGAGAUCCACCGCUAGCCACGGAACAUCUCCCAUCGCCCUCCUGCCGUUGUCACCCUUCUUUUUUUUUUUUUCUUUAA